AUGAAAUCUCUGAGGAAGGAGCUGCCAUUUCGUUCUAUUCUCCUGCUGCGAAAUGAAAAGGAUGCCGACUCCUGCUGGACCCGAGAGGACUUUGACCAAGACAUUCCCAUCCUGAACUUGAACGCCAAUCAAGGUGUUUAUCUGAAGAAGAUAUUCAACUCGGAGAUGCUGGCAAUGGUGUGCGUGAACCGCAGUGAAGGCGACACCAUGAAGGCUCUCUAUAGAAAUCUACAAGACAUUCGCUACACUCCAACCAUCAUAAUGACUCGAUCGGACACCAACCUGAGUGCUCUGUUCGAGGACUGUCGCUCCCACAAGAUGCUCAAUGUGCUGGCCUUGAAGGACUCCGAUCGCGAAUUUGUCUACAGCUAUCGGGCCUUUCCUCGUCUGCAGGUGGUGAAGCGUCGAGUGCUCCACAUCCGUCGCUACAUUGAGCCGCAAGUCAAGAACAUGGAAGGAUACCAGAUCAACGUUUUACCUGACAAUAUUAUGCCUCGAUCGGUGGUCUAUCGAGAUGCCCAGGGACGUCGUAGGAUGACGGGAUACCUCGCGCACUUAAUAAGGAACUUUGUCGGCACAUUAAAUGCCACGAUGCAUAUCUGUUGGGACUAUGUGCCUGAGGAAGAGAUCAUCGAUAAAAUGACGAUGUUAAACCUGUCAAAUGGGGGAGCUGUGGACUUUCCUCUAGUCUUUACCAAUCUUGACGAAUUCGGUACGAAUAGCAUUGUGCUGGAGCAAGCCAGUUGGUUUCUUAUGCUCCCCAUGGAGGCGAACACUCCACGGGCUCGUCUCUUCUACAGGAUGGAAGUCUACAAACUGAUGCCCAUGAUAAUACUUCUGGCCCUAGUGCUCAGUUUUGUUCAGCGACUGGAAAAGGGUUUGGGACCCAGCGAUGUGCCUUUGGGGCACAUCGUGAAAUCUCUGAGGAAGGAGCUGCCAUUUCGUUCUAUUCUCCUGCUGCGAAAUGAAAAGGAUGCCGACUCCUGCUGGACCCGAGAGGACUUUGACCAAGACAUUCCCAUCCUGAUCUUGAACGCGAAUCAAGGUGUUUGUCUGAAGAAGAUAUUCAACUCGGAGAUGCUGGCAAUGGUGUGCGUGAACCGCAGUGAAGGCGACACCAUGAAGGCUCUCUAUAGAAAUCUACAAGACAUUCGCUACACUCCAACCAUCAUAAUGACCCAAUCGGACACCAACCUGAGUGCUCUGUUCGAGGACUGUCGCUCCCACAAGAUGCUCAAUGUGUUGGCCUUGAAGGACUCCGAUCGCGAAUUUGUCUACAGCUAUCGGGCCUUUCCUCGUCUGCAGGUGGUGAAGCGUCGAGUGCUCCACAUCCGUCGCUACGUUGAGCCGCAAGUCAAGAACAUGGAAGGAUACCAGAUCAACGUUUUACCUGACAAUAUCAUGCCUCGAUCGGUGGUCUAUCGAGAUGCCCAAGGACGACGUAGGAUGACGGGAUACCUCGCGCACUUAAUAAGGAACUUUGUCGGCACAUUGAAUGCCACGAUGCAUAUCUGUUGGGACUAUGUGCCUGAGGAAGAGACCACCAAUAUGAAGACAGUGGUUGGCCGGUCGAAAGACGGAAGUGUGGACAUUCCUCUAGUCGUUACCAGCUUAGGCGAGUGCUGGUACGAUAACGUCGUGAUGGAGAUGUCCAGUUGGUUUCUUAUACUCCCCAUGGAGGCGAACAUUCCACGGGCUCAUCUCUUCUACAUUAUUAAAGUCCACAAGCUGAUUCCCAUAGUAUUACUUCUGGCUCUAGUGCUCAGUAAUGUUCAGCGCCUGGAAGCAGGGUUGGCUCCUAGCGUAAGUUUGGGCAUCAUUUGGGACUAUGUCCUGCGCGGAUUCUUGGCCCAACCAUUUGUGCUGCCCUAUGGCCUCUCCCCGAGGCUUAUGUUAAUCUAUGGGCUUCUGUUUUUGCACACCAUGACCAUUUCCAACAUUUUCAAUGUCAAUCUGGAGUCGGGGCUUGUGCAUCCACCCAUAGAUCGUCAAAUUCUCAGUUUCCAGGACAUGCGAUUGGGGAAUUUAAAAAUUCUUGUUAUUCCCGCUGAAUUUACCUUCAUAAAUAAAACUCUUGGUGCAGAACAAUUUGGGAAAAUUGUGGAUAUAUUUGAGAUUACCAACUCCUCGAAAAUUUUCCAACUGAUGCGCAGCUCGCUGAACCCCGCUUAUGCAUAUCCGAUUACCACCACAUUGUGGCCACUUCUUCAGCUUUCGCAGGCCAGGCUGACGCGUCCCAUCUUUCGGAGGUCUCGGGAAAUAGAGUUUAGCCCGGUUAUGAUUUUAGCCCUGCCCCUUCCAAGGAACUCAAUCUAUCUUCAGGCCUUUUCCAAUUUUGUCCUCAAUGCCCAAGCAAGUGGCCUUUACAGGUACUGGUUCAGGAAGACCUUCAAUGAGCUCAUUUGCAUGCAUAAGAUAAACUACAAUGUGGACAAUAGCACCCAGCCCUAUCAGGACCUUAUGUGGAAGGACUUUUACUUCAUCUGGCUUGCAUAUAUUGGCGGCACUUUUGCCAGUCUGCUGACGUUCCUUGGCGAAGUUUUGUACAACAAGUGGCGGCAAGGAGGACGUCACGACUAA